AUGGCCUCCACAACGCCAUCCGCCCCCCCUUCUCUCACCCUCCCUCCCUCGCAAUUCGCCCGACUCCAACCUCACGCCUAUCUCCUCGCCCACCUUUCACCACCCGCAUCCAGCAACCAGCCCUCUAUCCGAGCCAAUGGCCGCGCUCCCUCCCAAUUUCGCGUCACAUCUGCGAACACAGGCUCUUUAACUCACACAAAUGGCAGCGCCGUCGUAAGGGUUGGCGGCACAACCGCAGUAUGCGGCGAUGAUGCAGAAGUGGAAGACCCCGAAGACGAAACGCACAUUCAACAACUCAACCUUCUCGUUCCGAAUCUUUCGCUGAGCACUGGCUGCGCACCGGGAUUCGUUCCUGGCGCACCACCCUCAGCACUGGCGCAGUCGCUGUCUCAUAAGAUCUUGAACUUGCUGCAUAGUACAAAGUUGGAAAAGGAGAUUAAGGCAUUCUGGGUGCUCUACAUUGAUAUUAUGAUCAUUUCUUUGGCAGGAAACCCAUUCGAUGCUGCCUGGGCUUCGGUUUUGGCUGCACUGCGCGAUACGAAGCUGCCCCGGGCAUGGUGGGAUGUCGAUAACGAAAUGGUUGUGUGCUCGGAUGCGGUUUCUGAGUCUCAGAAGCUGUCUUUGCGCGGUCUGCCUCGGAGGUGGAUCCUGGCUGAUCCUGAUGGAUAUGAGGAAGGACUCAGUCAAGAACGGGUCUGUAUUGUGGUUGAUAAGGAGCAAGGUGGGAAGGGCAAGACGGUUAUCCAGAAUAUGGAAAAGAAUGGAGGAUGGGCUGUGGAUGGGAAAGAGCUGAAAGCGCUGGUUGACAUAUCCGCGCAGAGGUGGGAGCAAUUGAAGCACAUCCUUGAGCAGUGUUGA